AACAGUCGAUAAGGACGACUCUGCACGUAGUCGAUCAGUUUCGUUCAGUCCAUAUAGACUGGUUCGGUUAUUUUGUUUCCGUGUAUGCUGUUUCAAAUCACAUGCAUGGUUACACCGGCAGGAAGAGAAACACAUGGGAUUAUUAUCGUCAAAGAAUAGAACUUCUUCUUUUAACAAGUCUGGUUUUUCCCGUGCCAAAACGACAAAGGAAUUCGAGACAAAUUUGAACUGUAACGACCAACCGGGAAAACCUUACUCACAACUCAAAAUGCCAAGUGAUUCAGGAAACGAGUCGGCUGGAACAGAAGAGGACGACGACGUCAUUUUUCACGUCGGGUUAGAAACGGUAAUGAGAAUACCAGCCAGAAGAUCGGUGCUUUCAAAGAAGAACGACGUCUUUCAAGCAAUGUUCUGCGGGCCCUAUACACAGUCACGCGAAAGCUUACGCCGUCGCCAAGCGUCGGUCAACAGUGAUUCGCUGCCCCAGCAGAAUCAUUUGCCAUCUAGUCCAGACCACAUCUAUGAUCCCGAUGUUGACGGGAGAGCUUUUAAGAAUUUAAUCAGUUUUUUGUACGGCGAAACCGUAGAACUUCGGUCGGUGUCGACUGCCAUGGAAACCCUACACGCUGCUGAAAAAUAUCUGUGUGAAGGAUUAAUGAAAAUUUGCGCUACUUAUUUGGCCGACCAACUCAACACAGAAAACGUGCUGUACAUCUAUCAGAGGACUUGCAUGUACCCGGAAGCCGGACCCCAAGAAAGUGGAUUUGCAGGCAGAAUAGAUAACCGGCCUAGUGCACCUCCGUUAGAAGAAUUCAAUGCGCCAAAUGCGGAAUCUCCACAAGCCAAUUCACAGACACAGUCGAGAUCGACUUGGUGUUCGUUUUUGCUGAACAGCUGUCUCGAAUUCAUCGACAAAAAUGCAUCGGCCGUUCUACUCUCAGAGGAAUUUGAAGAACUAGAUGCUGGAAAAGUGGAGUCGAUUGUUAUCCGAGACGGACUUCAUUUACAAAACGAAAUUGAGGUCCUAGCGGCUUUGAUACGUUGGUCCGUUUUCGAGUGUCACCGACGGCAACUGGAUCCCAGAGCCAAUAAUCAGCGAUUCGUUUUGGGUCGCCUGGUAUGGCACGUCCGCUUCUCGGUAAUGUCGCCCACAGAGUUACAACAAGCGACUGCCAUGUUAGAUACACUAGAUUAUGGAGAGGUUAUUGCGACUUUGCAAAAUUGCGGCAACAAUAAAGAACUAGCCAAUAGGUCGAGAGAUGAUAACCAUUACCCUUUGACUGUAACAAAGCCGAGAAUGUAUCUCACUUCCAAAGUUGAUACGGCUCAGUCUGUUUCUGUUGACAAUUUAACUGUGUCGGCUUCCAAUCGAAAAACCUGUUUAACAGAGAAGUUCUUUGUUUGCCUAGCCUGCAUUUUUGAAUGAAAACUAUUUCAAAUCAAAUUUUUAGCCUAACUUAUUAAGUAUUAUUAAUUCCCCCAAUAGCUUUGGGUAAAUCAAUUUAAACUCAUUAUUGUUUUGAAUGACGGUGUGUUUGCCAAUGUUUCCGCCAAUUAAAAAACAGGGAUUCCUUUCCCUAAAAAAAAAUAUAUUAUUAAAAAUUACAUUAAGUUUGAUUCCCGAGUGAAAUUUUGAAUGUCUACUGAUAGUACCUUUGAUUAUAUGUGAUUUGCAUUCUGGUUAAGUUGCUGAGUUUAUUUCUGGCCAUAAAUUUGUGUUAAGAAAAAUGCUCCACUUUUAUAUUUGUAAGUUUGACAAAGUUUUAUUUCUAAACUGAAAAUCUCAAAAUUUGUUCUUGUGCACACACGUAUGAGUUGGUUUUGUCCACGGCUGUUGACUAAAUUUUAAAAAAAUGACUCGUAUUUAAACAUGUUGGUUGUGUGUGUAUUGUUAAAAACUAAGAUGUUGUGAGUGAAAUUUUACAUCCUUACGAUCCAAACUUCUAUAUGAAUUGUUUCUUGAUGCAAGCUUCAAAAAUCUCGAAUACAUACCUAAAUUUACGAUUGAA